AUGCCCGAACUGGUCGAAAAGGAUCCUGCUGUCUCCUUGCCAGGGGAUCAGGUAGAUGCAAGUCAUCCUCCGCCAGACCGAGAUGCGGACAACGAUACAAUCAUCAAUUCCGUCGCUCAGGAGCCUGAAAUCCAAUAUCCUUCGGGUAUCAUUCUGGUCCUGAUUGUCGGUGGCCUGUUGCUGAGCAUGUUUCUGGUUGCUUUGGACAUGAGCAUUAUUUCUACGGCUAUACCACGAAUCACUUCCGAAUUCAGCAGCAUGGAGGAUAUUGGCUGGUACGGCAGCGCUUUCUUCUUGACACUGGCAUCCUUCCAGUCCAUGUGGGGGAAAGCAUACAAGUACUAUUCUUUACGUCUUGUAUUCAUCGAAUCCAUUGUUGUGUUCGAGAUUGGGAGCCUACUGUGUGCGCUCGCCCCAACCAGUGUCGCCCUCAUUAUCGGUCGUGCCGUACAAGGCGCUGGCGGUGCAGGCUUGACCGGCGGCUGCUACACCAUCGCCGCUUUCCUGGCGCGUCCGGCCAAAGUACCCAUAAUUAUUGGACUUCUUGGCUCAACUUUUAGCCUCGCCAGUGUCGUUGGACCACUUCUCGGAGGGGUCUUUUCCGAGAAUAUUACGUGGCGGUGGUGCUUCUACAUCAAUCUCCCCAUUGGCGGUGUUGCUGUACUGACAAUGCUCCUCUUUUGCACACCGGAACACGCGAAAAACCAUUUGAAGAUGGGCUUGCAAGAUACAAUCAUCAAUUUCGAUUUGCCCGGCCUCAUUUUGCUCUUGAGCAGCCUCGUUUGCUUCUUCUUGGCAUUACAAUGGGGUGGCGUCUCUAGAGCGUGGAGUUCUGGCACCAUCGUCGCCCUGUUGGUGCUUUGGGUUGUUUUGACUGCUGCUUGGCUCUCUAUUGAGUGGUUUCAGGGGGAAAAGGCUUUAGUCGCUCCUCGAAUUCUCCGCAAGCGGAGUAUUGCGGCCUGUUGUGCCUUCAUCUUCUUUCUCAAUGCUGCAAACUUUUCUCUGAUCUACAAUCUCCCUAUCUACUUUCAGGCCAUUGCUGGAGACAGUCCACUCAUCAGUGGAGUCAAGGUUAUACCGACCAUUCUCUCCACGUCUCUGAGCACUGCAAUUUCUUCUUCCUUGGUAGGAAAGAUCAAUCAUUAUCAGUCAUUCCUUUUGGUUGGUGCCGUGUUAGUCACGGUAGGAAGCGGAUUGAUCUAUACGUUUGAUAUAAACACCGGCCUAGGUUCAAUUAUUGGAUACCAAGUCCUGUAUGGCGUUGGCACAGGCCUUUCGGUUCAGAUUCCUGUCAUCGUCGCAGGUGCAACAAGUGCCUCGACUGACCAGGCCGUGACUAUAUCCACGGUGCUUUUCUUCCAAUUCGUUUCUGCUGCCUACGGGGUAGGCUCGACGGAUGCCAUCUUGAAUAACGUGAUUCUCAACAACGUUCCUCGGUACAUGGGAGGGAUAGAUGGGCAUGACGUGCUUGGCGUCGGCGCCGGUGGUCUCGAAACAGCUUUUGAAGGCGACCUGCUUCAGGGAGCGCGUAGUGCGUACCUUGAUGGCCUCCACGCCAGUUGGGCCAUGGCUAUUGCACUGUUUGGUAUUACAUUCCUUUGUGCAUUGGCCCCAACCGGCGCUGGAAGGCUCUCUCCCAAGAAAGUUUCGGAUGAUACAAGCAAUUGA